AUGAGUAAUGGAAAUUCCAGUGGUCCCAGACCUGGAACUAAUUCGUUAGGAAACUUGGUCAACGUCGCAACCAGCAUCUCCCAAGAAUUGCAUCUUAUUGACUCACAACAAAUCAAACUGGAAAGACAACAACAUCAACCAUCGCCAACACCUUCCAAUCACAACUCAUCUCAUAAUGGACCGGUACCUCCGUUAACCAGUUCUUUAUCACCACCAUUGGCAAACUCUCCAGCACUGCAAAAGGCAGGAAAGCCAAAACGAAUGGCAUGUGUUGAGUGCAGGCAGCAAAAGUCACGAUGUGAUGCCCUGGAGAGACACCCCGAACCAUGCACCAGAUGUUUCAAAAAGGGAUUAAAAUGUGAUUUGAAAUCCGACUACAAGAGAACUUACAAACGAGCAAGAAUAGCCCAGAUUGAACGUGAAUUCUCUGAGUUAAAGAAAACAUUGAAUUCCACCCAAGCAGCAGAAUUAUUGAAUAAAGUUCCCUCAUUAGCCAACAUAACGAGCCCACAAGAAUUUGUAUCAAGCCCUCAAAGUCGUACUAUCAUCCCUAAUCCUAGUGCUAUACGACAUAGUCAAGUAUGGAAUAAUAAUAUUAACAACAAUUUGCAUAACCCUGAACAACCUCAUUCAGCAUUGGCUCGUCCACCAAUAGCCACACCCUACGACAGACCACAUCAUGUAUCAUCCUCAGAAACAAACUACUCCAUUCCAAACACCCCAUCCAUUGCAAGACCAGUACCUGAACCAACUGGCUAUCAAGGACCAGUAAAUCGUGAAUUGCAAAUCACCAUGUCCGAAGCUGCCAUGAAAUGCGAAGAGAAAUCCGUGGAUUCAAUCACAUUAUCACCAGAAACAAUUAAAGCUCUCUUUUUAGAAUAUGUGGAGAGAUACCACCCAAUUGUCCCCAUUGUCGAUGUGGAAAUGGGACCAGAAAGAAUUUAUAGAAUAUGUCCCGCUCUUUUCUGGGUGAUUAUGUUUGUUUCGUUAAGAAGAUUUUACGAAGACACUUCAUUAUUGGUGCAAUUAUCACCCAUUGUCAAGGGAAUACUUGCUGAAAUCAUGAUCUCUCCCAUAACAAGAUAUAACCCAUUUGAGGAAGACGAACCUACCCUUAACGUCAGUUCUGUAUAUUCAGUACAAGCGUUCUUACUUUAUUCAUACUGGCCACCAAUUACUUCUUCAUUAAGUGCCGAUUCAUCUUAUAGUACGGUCCUGACGGCAUUCUUUCAAGCCAUUCGAAUCGGUUUGCAUUCGCCAGUGUCUAUGUCCGACACCAAUAUCAAUUCCAGGACUCCUCAGCAAUUGACCAUGGCCAAGGAACAAGCCAAGACAUGGAUAGUCAGCAACAUUGCAUCCCAAACCAUUGCUACGGCCUUCGGAUUCCCAGCAUGUGUACAAUUUGACUCUUCGGUAUGGUCAUAUUCUCGUCCUGACCGAGGGAUAAAGAUUCCACAAGCGAUUCAAUUCAUGAUGGAAAUUGCCUAUUUUGAAGAUCAAAUGGCAAAAUCUUUGAAUUCUAACCCCUUGGAUACUUAUGGUUUAAUUGAUCCUACAGAAAGAUUACCAUUGUUGAAAUUGUUAACAAAAAGAUUGGAUGAGUUGGAAAUCAAAAUGUCACAUGAAUUACCUUAUGAAGAUGCAUUUAGAAAAUUUCAAUUAUUGUCAACUAGAGUCCAUUUGUUAACUUAUUAUUUCAUGGAUUCUUCAAGAAUUGCUGAUUUUGAAUUACAAAAGGGAUUGGUUAAACUUUAUAAUGCCGCCAUUGCUUUAAUAAACCAUACGCGGGCCUAUCAAGCCAAAGAUAAAAAGUUUAUCAAGUAUUUACCUGGGGUUUAUAUUUUGAAUGUUUGGCAAGCUGCUUGUAUCAUUGGAAAGCUUAUCCAUUCAAGAUUGAAACUGUUGGUCGAUACGGGAUCAGGGAAACAGAGUUAUGAAGCAGCCAUUGCCCUUAUGGCCAAGGCUUCCAUAUUAAAGCAUGAUAUGGCCUAUCGUGCUAGUGCAAUCACGAGAAACAUGUGGCAACUUUUCCGAACAUUGGAUGAAAAGAAAAUGAGCAGUUUGAGUAUUGACAUUAGAAACAGAAUGUCUGCGUCCGUUUUCUUUGAUUGCUUGUACCUUUUGAGAACUCAAGUGGGUAUGACCAAAUUAAAUCGCGACAGCAACAACAUUGCGGAACAAAUUGAUCAUGAGCAAGAAGAAGCAGUUGUUUCUUAUGAUGAAGACGAAAAUAGCUCAGGAGAAUCUAGUGCUUCCGAAGAAGCAGUUGAGGCAGAAGAGAAAAAUGAGGGCAACCCUAGUGCAAAAUCCACCCCUGGAAGCACUACUUCUUCAUCGAGAAUACGGAAGGCAAGAUCGUUAUCUCAUACUGUUGAUGCCGAAUCAAAAGCAAGAAAGAUUAUCAUGACUAUUCCAUUAGAUCCGCAGCCUAUCUCUGUCAGUGGUGGAAAAAGAAGUUCCAUAUUCAAAGUGGUUAAUUCUUCCAAUGAUUCUUCACCACAUGUCAACAAUUCCUCGGAAAAGAGCUCUCCAAAUGUUACUAGACAAGCUGAAUCACCAAAUAAUAGUCGCUUGAGCAGCUCUAAUAACAACAAACCCGCACCACCAUCUUCUUGGAAACCAGUUGAAAACAAGGAAGAAGUUCCAGUAUUGCCUAAACAAACUCAAAAACAACCCCAACAAUAUCCCCAGCAGCAACAGCAGCAGCAACAACAACAACAAUAUGUGCAAGAUUAUCAACCCCAGCAGCAAUUUUCAGAUAUGGUAUUCAACGAAUCUCCUAUACAACUAGGCUUAGAAAAUUUGGAAAUGGACACUUUUGAUCAUGAUAUGCUUUGGAAAGAUGUCGAUAGUGUCAUGAAUGAUUUUGGUUUCCCUACAAGCUAACUUCAAUCUAUUCUGUAUAUUUUACUUCUCUAAUAAAUAUGUAAUACUACUUAGAAUCAGUUUCAUCUGUAUAUUUAAUUCU